CUGCACAAUACUGUAAGCAUGGAGUCGAGCGGUUGACUGAGCCUUCUGAUCAAACAGUGUUUUUUUUUUUAAUCAAACUUUGGAUGUCGCAAAAAGGAGGCAUGGAACACCCAGCUUGUAUUUUGGAAGAAUUGAAGCAGUUUGUCGUAAAUGAUGCCCCUCCAACAGUGUAUUACAUCCCAGAUUUCAUAUCGGAAGAUGAAGAGUCCUACCUUCUGCAACAGGUGUACAAGUCUCCCAAAACUAAAUGGACCCAGCUGUCAGGCAGAAGGCUUCAGAACUGGGGAGGGUUACCGUGUCCCAAAGGCAUGCUAGCAGAAAAGAUUCCUGACUGGCUCCAGACAUACUGUGAGAAAAUUUCCUCUCUGGGUGCAUUCAGUGGAAAAACAGCCAAUCAUGUGUUGGUGAAUGAGUAUAAACAAGGGGAAGGGAUUAUGCCUCAUGAAGACGGCCCCCUGUACCACCCUACUGUCACCACCAUCAGCCUGGGCUCUCACACCCUCCUGGACUUCUACACGCCUGUCAGCAGCCAGGAAGAUGAUGUGCCACAGACAGAGGAAAACCGCUUUCUCUUGUCCCUGCUGGUGAAGCCGCGCAGUCUUCUGAUCCUGCAGGAUGAAAUGUACCAGCGUCUCCUUCAUGGCAUCCUGCCCCGUGGCCAGGACAUGCUAACCGACAAGGUGGUGAACCUGUCUGCCGCUGGGGCCUUGCCAGGAGAGACAUUGACCCGAGGCACCAGAGUGUCACUGACCAUACGACAUGUGCCCAAAGUUUUGAAGACAAAGCUUAUGCUGGGGAGGAAAUGAAGACAGAAU